AUGAAGCUUAUACACACACUCCUAGACCUCCUCACCCCUAUAACAGUCAUCGCCCAUAAAGGCGACCAUACCCCAAAAACCAUUGACUUCGCUUCCCUCUCUCUCCUGCUCUCCCCCUCCUCCUCCAUAACAUUCCCCAAAGCUUCCUCUCUCAAUCCCCUCUUGCGCUGGUCUUUCAACAUAAACGUCAACUAUCCCGCCCUCCCACGCGCCGUCGUCUCCCCCGCGACCGAAGCAGACGUCGUUGCUACGAUCAAGUUCUCCAACAAACAUGAGAUCCCAUUCCUGGUUCAAGGUGGUGGGCACGCGACGAGCGCUUCUUUGAAGGAGUUCAAGGAAGGGGUUCUCAUUUCGAUGAAAAAGUUUGACAAGCUCGAGAUCAAGCCGGGUCGCAAGACUGCAUUGAUUGGAGUUGGACUGAAGGUUAACGACGUCGUGCAUGGAUUGUGGAAGGAGGGAUUGCAGACCACGACAGGUAUCUGCGCCUGUGCCGGGGCCGUGGGACCAGCAUUGGGGGGUGGGCACGGCUUCCUACAGGGACAGUAUGGCUUGGCGGCGGAUGAAAUUGUUCGGAAUGAGGAUCUGUUCUGGGCGAUUCGCGGCGCAGGACAUAACUUCGGGGUCAUCACCGAGAUGGAGUACAAGGUGCACGAGGUCGAGGAGGGAAAGAAGACAUGGGCUGUGCAGGCAUUUGUGUUUACGGGAAGUGUGGAGCAUGUCGAAGAGCUAUACAAGGUAGCCGAGGAGCUAAGAAAGAAGCAGCCGAAGGAGAUGGUGCCAAUAAUCGCCUUUCAAUUCAUGUACAACGGCCCGCAGUCCGAUUUCGUGGCCUAUACGAAGCCCCUAGCCGACUUCACGCCCAUCGCUACAUUCUCCAACGUCACCGACUACCCCGGGCUAAUGACCUUCAUAGGCACGCACCUGGAGGGUCCCCUCUGCCCAGAAAAGAGCACAGCGGUGCUGCACGCAGCUGACGUGGACUACUACGAUGUGCCUGCCAUUCGCAACGUGUGGGAACUGUUCAAUGAGAUGGUAACGACAGUGCCGGGGCUGGCUGGGUCGUACAUGAUGCUGGAAGGGUAUUCCGUGCAGGCGAUGCAGGCCGUGCCGGAGGAGAGCACUGCAUAUCCGCACAGAAAGCAAGAUUUUCUGCUGGCGCCUAUCCUGCUCUGGGUUAAUGGCAACAAGACGCUGGACGAACUUGGAGAGAAAUGGGGUAUCAAGCUGAAGCAGGCUUCCUGGAGCAAAUUCAGGCCGCGGUCGUAUAUCAAUUACGCGGCUGUGGAUGAGAGCCUGGAGACGCUUUACGGAGAACAAUGGCGUCUCAAGAAGCUGCGCAGGAUCAAGGAAACGUACGACCCCGAGAACCACUUCCGCUUUUUCUCCCCGAUUAUCCGCAGAGAGAAACCCGAGAAGACUAGGAAGGAGGAGCUCUGA